AUGCUCGUCCGCGGAGGACGAAUCGUGUCGCGCGGCGUGCGCGUGCUCUCGUCGACGACGGCGGGUGCCGCAAAGCCAAUGUCGACCACGACGGCCCGACAGGUGGCGCCGUCCGAGGCGGAGGUCGGCGUGCAGAUGCGCGAGGUGCUCCGCAGCUUUGCCCAGCCCGUUGUUGUUGCCGUGGCGCGGACACGAGACGUUCCGUCUUCCUCCGCAUCCAUCACGCCCGGAUCUCUCCCACCAGCGGCAUCGUCGUCAAAAUACCACGGCGCGACGCUCACGUCGUUUGCGAGCUUGACACUCGAGCCUCACCCCCUUGUCGCCUUUUCUCUCCGCCUCCCUUCCCGCAUGGCAGACUAUCUCCGCCCGCAGCCGGACCAGACGGCCCCCACACCUGUCACAGUGUCAUUGCUGUCUGGCGCCAACCAGCCCGUGGCCGACGCCCUCGCUCGUCCGGGUCAGGACCAAGCACCCAUCUUUGCGGUUCAGGAGUGUUGGGAUGACGGGGACCCACCAGCGCUCACGAGCGCAGUGGGCUGUCUCCGCUGCGAGGUGUGUUACUCGGUGCCCCUCCGUCAUGUCGGCGGCAAGGACACGACAAGCACCGCAGAGGGCAGCGAGCUGUUCAUCUGCAGAGUCGUGGACGCAAUAAAAUCAAAGGGCGAAGACUCGCUCAUUCACUACCAAAGAGACUACUAUUCGGUCCGCAGUAAGGACUAG